CAUGGCGUCUGUGGGGCCCACGGGCAGGAGCUCAGCCUGGGCACCCCAGGGUAGCAGGCCCUGCCCCACGCCCUGCCUGUGUCUCUGCAGCUCCCCCAGGACCUGACAUGGUGCAGAUCGUCAUCUCCAGCAGCGGCGCCGGGCCCCUGGCACAGUGGGUGCUGGUGGAGCUGCAGGGCGAGGUAGAGCCCCGGCAGAGCGGGAGCCUGGCCGGGAGCCUCCUGGGAGAUCUGCACUACACUUGCGAGGUGGUGCAGCUGGAAAAGCCAUUUGCUGUGCUGGUGAAGCAGGCAGGAGCCCCCCAGCCCAGCCCUGGGGAGCCACAGGGACACUACACCGUCACCGCCCUCAUCAAAACCAAACUGCUCUUCAAAACCCGCCCCAAGCCCAUCAUCACCCACGUGCCCAAGAAGGUGUGAGGGGGAUGGAUGGGGGCUGUGAACUUCAUUCUGCUGCUGGGAAGAGCAUCAAGGACUGAGAAAGAUCCAGGACCUCAUUCCUGUCCUGAACAGGGAACGCUGAGGGUGCUGAGUUCUGUGUCUGGGCAUCCAGAGCCCUUCCUGGGUCACUUGUCCCCUCAAACUGACUCUUAUUCUGAGAGCCACAGACCAUGUGGGUCUCUCCAGGGGACCUGGUUCCUGAGGGGCAGGAACCUGCCCUGAGCCCAUGCAGGGGUGUCCUAUCUAGGGGCUGCCCUCAGUGCCUGGACUCAGCAGUUCUCGGAGACUCACAGAGGUGGCAGGGUGGAGAAGUCCCCCUCUACCCCUCCCUGCAUCUGCGGGGACACCAGUGCCAGACAGGGACUCAGCCCCAAUCUCCCUCAAAUCAUGGCAGAGGGACCAGGACCCCUCCCCACGACACAACACACAUCUUUGAUGCGAGUCUUUAUUCCCCCAACUCCAUCAGGAUAUAAAAACCAGUUUUUUCCCCUAAAA